UAACUUGUUUUUCGUCUCACUGUCCUCGCAACGAAACUUGGCGGUUCAGCCUCAUUUAUCUUUCUCAGUUCGCAUUGGUCAGUGAUCUUGUGUAAUUCAGCUUUCACUAAACUUAUCCAGAUAUUCGAUUUUUCAGUGUGAAUUUCUCUCAGGAUCCUAGCGUUUGUACGUUGGUGUCCUGGUGACACAAGCUAAAUCCCAAGUCAGAGCGAUGGCAGAGGAAUCAGCCGUGAAGUCAUCACCCACUGUUAUGGGCAGUGGUGGUCUAACUGUAGAGGAAUGCGAAGACAUGAUUCAGAGAAGUUUCAGAACCCCAAUGGUGAAAUUCUUGAAGGAGAAUUUAGAGAAAACUGGGUGUGCAUUUGGGGACAAUUUCAUCAAGGCUGUUCAUUGUGAUCAAAAAGUUAGCGGGGGCUAUGUUGCUGGUGAAGGGAUAAUGGUGUGUAGUAAUCACAUGGACAUACAAGAUGAUGUCAACCAAGUAGUUAUACAUGAGCUAAUUCAUGCAUAUGAUGAAUGUCGUGCUGCAAACUUGAACUGGGCUAAUUGUGCUCAUCAUGCCUGUAGUGAGAUUCGUGCGGGCCAUUUGAGUGGUGAUUGUCACUACAAACGGGAAUUGUUGCGAGGUUACAUGAAGAUAAGAGGCCAUGAACAAGACUGUGUGAGAAGAAGAGCUUUGAAGUCAGUGAUUGCUAAUCCUUACUGCUCAGAAGCAGCUGCAAAGGAUGCCAUCAAAGAAGUGUGGGAUGUAUGUUACAAUGAUACACAGCCCUUUGACAGAGCUCCUUAAGGCACUGUUAAAGAAAACGCCAAACCAGCUACUACACAAAGAAUCAUUAUCCAAGCAAAAAAAUGAUUGUUGUCGAAGCGUAGGAUUAUGCUUUUUAGAAGCAUUUGGUAUACACAAAUAUUCAUUUAUUUCAUAGUUUCUCAUCAUUUAUUUCACCAUAUUUUGACUGAUUAAUUGGGAGUUUACCCUUUUUUAAUUUAAUUUUGAUGUAAAACAAUGAUUUUAUGUGAUUCUUGAGGUCUUAUAAAAGAAAUAUAAUAAAAAAAACUCUUCACUUUUUUCCAAUGGU